AAUAAAAACGGUUACUCAUUCGUUCGUUGCUCGGCAUGCUCGAUGCAAGCAUCGCUCAACUCUACGCCGCCAUCGCCAUUUUGUAAAAUUUCAACUCGUGAUAUCCUUUCGAUUCGAUACAAGUUCUAAUCGUUUUAUUCAUCUGAAUUUAGCGGUAAAUUGAUUAUCAAUCGAGAAUCGAUAUUAAAUAACGAAAGCACCAUGAAGAAAUGUUCAUCGAUUGUGUGGCGAUUUUUUGAUCGAAUUGAAAAUGAAAACAAAAGAUGUUUGGCGGUCUUGUGUAAACUUUGUGAUACGCAAUACAAGUUUUUCGGGAACACUACAAAUCUAAGAAGCCACUUGAUAAAUAAGCACCCGUUGCAGUGGGAGUUGGGACAGAAUGGCACAUUCGAGGAGACUAGCUUUCAUGUGGACGACGAGGAAUCUAAUCAAUCAACGUUAACACCUAAAAGAAGAAAGUAUUCCAAGGGCUACAAAGAUAAAAACGUACGUUAUUCAAUAUCAGUUGAUAAUCCAAGGAAUGUCAAUGGCGACCGAAUUCCCACAAUUGAAAUACAAAGGGUAGAUGUGCUAGAUACUUCAGAAAUUGAUAAUGACCAAAAUGAAACUGAAGAGAAUGAAGCUACUUUCAAUUUAGUCAGACAGCUUCAUGAAACAACGGCUUCUGAUGAAGAAUGGCUUGAAGAAGAUCCAUACACAAAUGCACACAUCGAGGCUUAUGAACAAAAACCAAAGAGGCAGUAUAGAAAAAUUAAAAGGGAAGUGCAGACUCCCCCACGUCGAAUGUCAACAUACACACCUCAUAAAGUAAGUUUUGAAAAGCCAUCACCAAUUAUUAUUGAGGAAAGCACUCAGUCAAGAGAUGAAUAUUCUGUUUUCGGAGAAUAUGUUGCCAAUAAAUUGAGAAAAUUCAAAGCACCUCGUACACGUGGGAAUUUACAGCAGUUAAUUACAACCAUUUUAUGGCAAGCAGAGUAUGGAACUUAUGACAAUGCUGAUGCAGUGAAAAGAGUUUUGAUGUAUACUUCACAUGAGGCGGAUAAUGCACCAGAAGCAGCUACACAUAUGCAAACUGAAAUCAUUGUAGAACAUAAAGAUUUGGAUAUAAACCAAAGUGAUGAGUAAUGAAAAAAUAACUAAGAUUUAAUAACAAUAAUAUGAUUGAAGUUUUCAUAAAUUGUCUUAAUUAUGUGAUUGAUUAUUGUAAAGCUGUUGGGAAAAUAAAAUGGAAUAGACACUAGACUAAUUUCUUUAAAACCAAUUUCAUAUAUUUAUUAACUAUCAAAGAUUAACAAAUGAGUCAAACAUAGUACUG